AUGGGCCACCCCGGGGGUCCCAUCCAGGCGCUGUGCCUGGAAGCGACCUGCUCCAUCUGCCUGGAGUUCUUCAAGGACCCGGUGAUCCUCGACUGCGGGCACAAUUUCUGCCAGGGCUGCCUGGCCCAGUGCUGCGAGGAGGGGGGCAAAAGCGUCUCUUGCCCCCAGUGCAGGGAAGCCGUCCCUCGAGAAAGCCCCCGGCCCAACUGGCAGCUGGCCAGCAUGACAGAAAUACUCCGGAAGCUGGAGGAAGAAGGGAGCGGGGCAGAAGCCAAGGAGGGGGGUUUGUGCCAGAAGCACCGGGAGCCCCUGAAGCUCUUCUGCAAGGAGGAUCGGGUCCCCAUCUGCGUGGUGUGCGACAAGUCCAAGGAGCACCGGGACCACCGCGUGAUUCCCAUAGAAGAGGUGACCCAGCAGGUAAGAAAUCCCUGCUGUGGGGCAUUAUGGGGCAGUGACUUUGUUUUUCUUGGGGUGGAUCUGUGCGGGAAACCACCCGGAUCGUAAAGUGGUAGGGGACCUCAGAGGUCAUCCAUCCCAGCCCGCGGCUGCUGCUGCAGGAAAUCCACGCCUACAACUUCCCUGAUAGGUGGGCAUGCAGUUCCUGUCCUCUGGAGCAGCUUUCCCUGAACUGGUGCACGCCAGGGGUUUGGCACUACAUCUCCCAGCAGUUCCAGCCAGUCAGGGAUGAUGGGAGGUGCAGUGCAUCUGGAGGGUGUCAGGGUGGCUGCUGUGGCAGGACAGGAAGCAAGUUUGCUCCAUCAUCUACGUGGCAGGGCUUCGGAUAUCAGAAGGAGGCCGCCCUAUUGCCUCGUCACCAGCUCUUCUCUAGGCUGAACAUAUCCCUCUCUGUGUUUAUAUUUAUUUUAUCACCUUGGCACCCCAUUUUUCCUCCAAUAAGUUGAAGAAACUGCAGUGGUUCAGAGUUCAGAGUGGUUUAGCAGUCCAUAUCUCUUCAUAGGGGGUGCUGGGAAUUGUAAUUCUGGGAAUAGGGGGUCUCUUGACAACUCACAGACCCCUUAACAAACUACAUCUCCCAGAGUUCUCUGGGGGGAAGCCAUGCCUGUUUAAAGAGGUAUCACAGUACUUUAGCAUGUAUGCUGUUGAUGCUGGGCCUUGGCUGUGCUCCAGCAGGGCUCUUACGGCGUUUGUCAACACUGCUAUAUUCAUCAUCAGCUUUUUAAUAAUAAUAGUAAUAAUAAUAAUAAUUUAUUAUUAUUUAUACCCCCCAUCUGGCUGGGCUUCUCCAGCCACUCUGGGCGGCUUCCAACAAAAUAUUAAAAUACAGUGGUCUGUUAAACAUUAAAAGCUUUCCUAAACAGGGCUGUCUUCAGAUGUCUCCUAAAAGUCUGGUAGUUGUUCUCUUUGACAUCUGGUGGGAGGGCGUUCCAUAGGGCGGGUGCCACUACCGAGAAGGCCCUCUGCCUGGUUCCCUGUAACUUGGCUUCUCGCAGUGAGGGAACCGCCAGAAGGCCCUCAAAGCUGGACCUCAGCGUCCAGGUAGAAUGAUGGGGGUGGAGACGCUCCUUCAGGUAUACUGGACUGAGGCCAUUUAGGGCUUUAAAGGUCAGCACCAACACUUUGAAUUGUGCUCGGAAACGUACAUUCAGUACACCACACUUCUGUUUGCAGCACAGUCCUACACAGAUCUACUCAGAGGUAAGUCCCACUGGUUUCAAUGGGGAUCACUCCCAGAUAAAUGAAUACAAGACUACAGCUUUAUUCUCCUUUUUCCUGGAAGAAUUUGUAUUGCUUCAUUGGGCUCGGUUUGCGGUUAUAAUCUAAGAGCGCGUGCCGUUUUCCUUCCAUUCACAAACUUUGCUUGAAGCUGCUCUCUUAUAGAGUAUAGUUCUUCAAAAGAAAAAAGAGAGAAAUCUUCAGGUGUCCAUACUUGAAAAGAAACACCCCUCUUUUUUUGGCUUAUUUCCCCCCAUAUUUUCUCCUCUCUCAUUUACUCAUUUGUUGUUGUUGUUGAUUUAAUGCAUUUUUAUUAAAGAUUUUCUUGGUUUACAAAAGUAUGUGCAAUCUCUCUCUCUCUCUCUCUCUCUCUCUCUCUCUUUCUCUUUCUAAGUAACAUUUUUUACAGAUCAGUUUCAUUUGUUGAGACAUUAGGAAGAAGAGGGGGAGGGGGGAAAGGUGGGGUCGGGUCGUGAAGUUUCUGUUAUACUUAAUAUAUAUGGGGUUUCAUGUCAGCGUCGCUUGUGCCGGUUCUCUGCUAUUCACUUGUGUUCCUUUGGUGGUGAGAGAGGUUGGGGUUGGUCUAGGGUGUGGUUGUUUGUUUGUGAUUGGCUGUGGUGAAUUUUGUUUUCAUGUGUGAGUGGGGUGGGUGGGUGUUUUGGAUCAGGUUACCCAUAUUGAUUUGUAGGCUGUUGGUGGAUUUUUGUCAUUGUCUUGUUGGGCUGUGUAUGUGAUAAAGGGGAGCCAUACUGGGGUAAAGGCGUCUUCUUCUGUUUGUCCCCGUGUCAGUUUCAGUUUAUUGGUUAAUUUUUCUAGUAAGGCUGUUUCCCAUACUAUUUGGUACCAUUGGUCCAUGCUUACUCCUGACAGGUCUCUCCAGUGUCUGGUUAUGGUGUUUCUGGCUGCUGAAAGUAGGUGGGUUAUGAGUUCUUUGUGGUGUAAAUGGGCACUAUUGUAUUAGAAGAUGUUUAGCAGGGCCAAUUCUGGGGUGAUUUCUAAUGCUCAUUUGUGAACAUUGAAAUGAGAGACGGUUCAGCGUUACCCUAGUUGUUGUAAUAAAUACAUAACUGCACAUUGUGCCUGGGUCUCCAGUUAAGCGUGGCCCAAAAGAUGCAACUUGCAAAUAAAAUGCGGACAAAAAUACCUUCUUAAAUACCCAUUUGAGCAGAGAAGAUGUGAAAGGCGCAUGUCUCAAAAGAGCUUCCUGAUUUAUCCAAGGCGAAAUAUGGAGGACAGGUUGCUAAUCCUGCAGUCAUAUCAAACAUGGCUUUCAAAGGAGAUUAAUCAGUGGCAUCAAUAAUUCUCCAUAUAAACUUUCUUUCUUUUCUUUUCUUUCUGCUUCUCGAGGAAAAGGCUGAGCUGAAGUGUUUGGAAAAAGAGAGAGAAAUUCUUGCGGAUCGGAAACUAGCUGAAGAACUGAGAAGCAAAGAAUGUCUGGUAAGUUCUUAUUCUUAAGGUACAACAUUCCCCAAGCUAGAGCAGUUGUUUUGGAGUACAACUCCCAUCAGCCCCAGUCUGCGUGACCAGGAGUCAGGAAUUAUGGCAGAUGUAGUGUGUGUGUGUGUGUGUGUGUGUGUGUGUGUGUGUGUGUGUAAUCUCCAUAUGGAGGACAAGGACAGAUUGUCGUCUUUGGGGAUGGGUGUUGCCUACAAGACUCCUCUUGCCCCCCAAAGACAUCUCAGCCCGGUGUUUCCAGGCUGGCAUCUAGCUGAAGAGUCAAGUGUUGACUACGAGCCAUUGGCACAUUUGCAGGCAUCUUUGUAACGCAGAGUUGGUCUGCCGAUGGGCCUGGUGCCAGAAGCCUGUUCCCCAUAGAGCACAUCCUGACCUUCCAUUCUGUAGACAUGACCAAGUCAACGUAGACAUCACUAAGACAGGAGUACAAACAUGCCGGGGAUGUAGGCUUGGGAGAGCACAUCUUUGUCUGGAAUUCCAUUCUGUCCUACCAUGCUCAAAAUCAGGGGCAGGCAACCUAAGGCCUGGGGGCCAGAUGCAGCCCAAUCGCCUUCUUAAUUCGGCCCACGGACGGUCCAAGAAUCAGCGUGAUUUUACAUGAGUAGAAUGUGUCCUUUUAUUUAAAAUGCAUCUCUGGGUUAUUUGUGGGGUAUAGGAAUUUGUUCAUUUCCCCCCCAAAAUAUAGGUCUGAGGGACAGUGGACCAGCCCAUGGCUGAAAAAGGUUGCUGACCCCUGCUCAAAAUCUUCCUGACAAAGCACAUGUGGAAGGCCUUGAGAUGUUUCUCCUACACCACUUGGGAAUCACAGGCGGGGAGAGGGUUGGUGCCCCCAGGCCCUGUUUGUGGGCUUCCCGUAGCCACUGAGGUAAACAGGAAGCUGCACCACUUGGCUGACCCAACAGACCUUUCCUCGCCUUCUUCUCUUCAGGAGUUAUACACCUGCAUGUAGGAACCAGCCCUCGGUGGUUACGGCCCAUUGCUGACAAUUUCUGUGUUUCCCUCCCCACCAGACGGAAUUAGAAAUGGAAAAGCAGAGGGUCGUGUCUGCCUUUGAGCGAAUGUACAACUUCCUGGAAGAAAUGGAGCUCCUCAGGCUGGCCAAGCUCGAAGGCCUGAAGAAAGAGGUGGAAGUGAUCCAGAAGGAAAACCUCACCAGACUCACAGAAGAGAUUUCCCAUCUCAGUAACCUGAUAACUGAAGUGGAGAGGAACUGCCAGCAGCCAGAAAAUGAAUUUCCACAGGUGAGGCUGAGUUUGGCUCCAGAGGUACACAAUAGAAACGUUUUUGCCCCCAUUGGAUAAGUCCAGGUCAUGUCCCCCUUCGCUCUUCAAAUGACACAUAUACUCACUUCUGUUACCCAUAUAUGAUUUCCUUGAUUAUUUUUCUCCCCCCCUUUCUUCUGUUAAAUUGUGCCUUCAUAGUGGUCGUUUAUAGCACCAUUUAUUGUUGUUUAGUCGUGUCUGACUCUUCGUGACCCCAUGGACCAGAGCACGCCAGGCACUCCUGUCUUCCACUGCCUCCCGCAGUUUGGUCAAACUCAUGCUGGUAGCUUCAAGAACACUGUCCAACCAUCUUGUCCUCUGUCGUCCCCUUCUCUUUCCCAGAAUGAGGGUCUUUUCCAGGGAGUCUUCUCUUCUCAUGAGGUGGCCAAAGUAUUGGAGCCUCAGCUUCAGGAUCUGUCCUUCCAGUGAGCACUCAGGGCUGGUUUCCUUCAGAAUGGAUAGGUUUGAUCUUCUUGCAAUCCAUGGGACUCUCAAGAGUCUCCUCCAGCACCCUAAUUCAAAAGCAUCAAUUCUUCGGCGAUCAGCCUUAUUUAUGGUCCAGCUCUCACUUCCAUACAUCACUACUGGGAAAACCAUAGCUUUAACUAUACGGACCUUUGUUGGCAAGGUGAUGUCUCUGCUUUUUAAGAUGCUGUCUAGGUUUGUCAUUGCUUUUCUCCCAAGAAGCAGGCAUCUUUUAAUUUCGUGACUGCUGUCGCCAUCUGCAGUGAUCAUGGAGCCCAAGAAAGUAAAAUCUCUCACUGCCUCCAUUUCUUCCCCUUCUAUUUGCCAGGAGGUGAUGGGACCAGGGGCCAUGAUCUUAGUUUUUUUUUAAUAAUAAUAAUAAUAAAUUUUAUUAUUAAUAAACUAAUUCAUAUUAAUAAUAUUAAUAAAUUGAUAAAUUAAUAAAAAAAUUUAUUUAUUUUGAUGUUGAGCUUCAGACCAUAUUUUGUGCUCUCCUCUUUCACCCUCAUUAAGAGGUUCUUUAAUUCCUUCUCACUUUCUGCCAUCAAUGUUGUGUCAUCUGCAUAUCUGAGGCUGUUGUUAUUUCUUCCGGCAAUCUUAAUUCCGGCCCAGCCUUUCACAUGAUGAAUUCUGCAUAUAAGUUAAAUAAGCAGGGAGACAAUAUACAGCCUUGUUGUACUCCUUUCCCAAUUUUGAGCCAAUUAGUUGUUCCCUAUCCAGUUCUAACUGUAGCUUCUUGUCCCACAUAGAGAUUUCUCAGGAGACAGAUGAGGUGAUCAGGCACUCCCAUUUCUUUAAGAACUUGCCAUAGUUUGCUGUGGUUGACACAGUCAAAGGCUUUUGCGUAGUCAAUGAAACAGAAGUAGAUGUCUUUCUGGAACUCUCUAGCUUUCUCCAUAAUCCAGCGCAUGUUUGCAAUUUGGUCUCUGAUUCCUCUGCCCCUUCAAAAUCCAGCUUGCACUUCUGGGAGUUCUCGAGCACUCUGCUUUUAAACAAUCAUAGAGAACUUUCAAAAAUGUUUUUAAGGUGGGGGAAAAAACUAAAGUGGGGAGAUUUGGGGCACGGCGCUUCAUGAUAUCGCAAACACUCAGCCGUCCAGUGCUCUGCGCACAACAACUUCUGCUUCCAGCUGGCAGAAUUAGCACACACAGCCCAAGCAUAAUACUCAAGAGAAGACUGUUCACAUGACAAGUAAUUCCAGGGAGGAUUAAUUCCUGCUUUUUACAAACCAAGAUAAAAAGACCAUUCCCAGCUCCCUUUACAAGAAAGGGGAACUCUUCUUGAAUCAUAAGAUUGGAAAUAAAGUUGACACAAACGUGGGGAGUGGCAUCAAUUCCCAGCAGAAUAACAAGCAAUCCAGCCUGUGUUGUGUUUGUGCAGCUGAACAAAACUCUUUCUCCCCUUCUUCCCAUGCUGUCAGGACAUCAAAAAGGUUUUGAGCAGGUAAGUGGCACUUUCUCACUCCUUGAGUCAUAGAAUCAUCGAAUUGUAGAGUUGGAAGGGACCCCGAGGGUCAUCUAGUCCAACCCCCUGCAAUGCAGGAAUCUUUUGCCUGAAAUUAAUAAGAGUCUCGUGCUUUACCAACCUGAAAAAGGGCUCCCUGACUCUGUUCUGCACCCUGGGAUUUCCAGCAACAGAGAUAUCUCCACGGGGCUCUCAGGAAUCUGUGAACCAUUUUGUGGGGCGUGUCUGUUGGAGAAGAUGUCUCCUUAGGUUUCAGAGGAGCUCCAUAUGGGGCGAACCAGGGAAUGGAUCCGUCUCCUCAGGAUAGCUCUCCUCAGAGGAGUUUGCCUGGGCAGAGGCCAUGGCAGACUUCUCCGUUUUGCCUGCUUCCCCUGCAGAUAUGA